AUGAAUGAAAUAAGCAGGAAUCGAAUGAAGAAAGAAUUGAAAUUGUUUUCAAAUUCUCCACCAUCAGGAAUAUCAUGUGCUCCUCUAAACGACCGAUUGGAUUUAUUGUCAGCUCAAAUUAUUGGGCCAUCAGAAACUCCAUUUGAAGGUGGGAUUUUCCAACUGGAAAUUCAGAUACCAGACAGGUAUCCAUUUGAACCUCCUCGUAUUAGAUUUCUGACCCCGAUUUAUCACCCCAAUAUUGAUACAUCUGGCAGAAUUUGUCUGGAUACUCUCAAACUUCCACCUAAGGGAGCCUGGCGUCCUUGCCUCAAUGUGUCGACAGUGUUGAUGAUGAUUCGAGUCCUCAUGGAGGAGCCAGGGUCUGAGGAUCCUCUGAUGACUGAUAUUUGGCAAGAAUUCCGUUAUGAUUACACAACAUACACCGAGAAGGCCAAGCAGUGGACAAGACAGCAUGCCAUGGGCAGUCACAUUUGCCAGGAAACUUCAUCUGGCAGUGGAAAAAUAGCUUCAGAUGUAAAUACAGCUCAGUCUGAAUCAAAACUGGACAAGAGGAAAGGUUUGGCGGAGACGGACAAUGUUGAUAGCACCAGCAAGAAAGCCAAGUUUUCCUAG